UGGUUAGAUGUCUCUGGUAAAUGCUAUAAAUAUUUCUCCACCCCCAAAACAUGGCGGGACGCGCGUGCAUCUUGUCAGCAGUACAGUGGAGAUCUAGCCGUACCAAUAUCGUACACGGAGCAGUUAGUACUGGGCGAUAAUAAUCUGUUUAUUGGUGGGUCUGACAGGAAUGACGAGGGAGGUUGGGAGUGGAGUGACGGGUCACCUUUUAGAUAUCUAAACUGGCACACCGGCGAACCUAAUAUGUUGGGACGAGGACAGAAUUGUAUGGUUUUAACUACGUCCAACUGGCACUACACCUGGGAUAAUACAGACUGUUCCGUUCCGUCUCCGUAUAUCUGUAAACGCAAACGUAAGUAUGUGUGUAUAUUAACAGAGGUUGGUUAA